GCGGGUGGCUCGCGGUGAUGCUCCAACCUCUGAUCGGCGUCGCUGUCGUCCAUAAACCACGCUCGCACCAUGUCUUCUUUCGCAGACACUGAUACAUUCAUACAAGGAUUCAUCAAAGUGAUCCAGUCUUCUUGCAAUGAGUUUAAUUCCAAGUCCGAUUCCGAUAUACGGUACAUUUCGCAGCGUUCAACGGAGCCGAUCAUCGAAGCAAUCGAAUCUCUUUGCAGUGAAAUUUUCAAUUGCAUUAUUGAGAUCGAUUGGAAAUACGAAGAAACGAUCAAUUCAUGGAUUUACAAUUACCUGAUUUACUUCACUAAUUUCAAGGCUAGAGGGCUACUUCAAAAAAACUGCGGUUAUGCAGCUGAGUUUGAACGCUUGGAAACCCAGCAGAUGCUUAUUUCGCCUUACAUGCUCAUAGAGAUCCUUUGGAGCCUUCAUUACGAUGCCUUUCUGUGCGAAUUUAUGAUACACUUUCCAGUAAAUUUAUGCGCUGAGGUAUUGGAGGUCCUGCCAAAGUGCAUCCUAAUGCUAGACUUUUCGCGAGCAACCAAAUUUAUAUCAACGAUGGUUCCAUACUUGUACAAGAAAUUAGAUCACAUGUGCAAUGACUUGGAUGUUUCUAACGCCGCAAUUGCAGAAACAAGAAAGCUUGUUAGCCAUCUGUGCGAAAUUGUUCAUCUCUUCAAAAAAGAAAGGUUCAUGAAUUCCGAAGGUAUACGCAAACUGGACAUUCACAAGCGUCAGGGUAUUGUAUUAAAAGCUCUAGCGCGUACGUUGACCAGGUGUCUGAAAAGCGAGCACUCAGACCUUCCCGAACAAUGUAGAAACGGCGCCGAGGAAUGUACUGGACCAUCCGAUUCGCUACUGGAAUGCCGCGAAGAUAUUCACAAGUGUUUGAUCAGUAUACUGAUUUCCAAGGUUCAAGAAGUCGAUUGCAAUUGCUACAUGGACUGGACAGAGUUUGAUGACGAGGAGCAGCCGGCUUUGUCGCUGCAGCGGGCCAUUGGCAUCGAGUGCCACCAUUUGUUGCGAUACUCAGCUAAAGCACUCGGGGGUAAAAGUUACGAGCUGCUGGUCAAGUCGAUCCAACAAAUUACAGUUUCAUCAUUGAAGGAUGCUGAGUACGAGGAUAAAAAUCUAUUAAACGUGAAAUCGGUACAUUCCGACUUACUGCAAAAUUUACUUGAAGUUCUUGUCAGGUCUGUGGAGGAAGGUCGAAAGAUGAGUGACGACAGCAGUACUUUCUCAAUCAGUGCUACAAGAAUGGUAAAAGUAAUGGCGAAGCGAAAUAUCAAACAGUUGCUAGAUUUUAUGCCUACUGCUGUGCUCAAAAUACUUGGCAAGUGCGAGAGGCGUCUGAACAAGCUGAAUUUCGAGUGCUAUCCUAUGCGCUCGGGUGAAGAUGGUUUUCUUCACCUGGAUGAGAACGAUCCAUUGAAUCUCCUGCUCAAAGAUCCGGAAAGACGCAUCGAGCAAGAGUACAAGGAUUUUCUGAAACGUUUGAUCUUUCAACCUAGUAAAACCAUCGUUGAGAUAACGAAAUUAGCGAUUGGUCACGGAAAUUUUGAUCUAGUCAAUUUAAGUUACGAAAACAUCGAUCUGAUCCUCAAUGUACUGAAAAUACCAGUGCCUAAUACUUACAAAAUCAUGCUAGACAGCUUGAUGGCUAUGGCUGGAGUACAAAAUGAAGAAAAAGUGAUCAUCGUAAAGCAUAGCAAAAACAUGGAUAGACCCUCAGCUGUGCCUCUAGCAGUACAAGCGCUCCAAAAAAUUGCAAUCGACGGUUUUAGUAGUUGCCAGCCACAUCUGUCGAUCUACCUAAAGACUUUAGUUGAUAAGAACAUUACGAGCAAGAACUUACUAGUAGAAGAGUUUUUCUUACCUCUUCUCCUACUACCUUCGUGUACCUUGGACCCUGUACUUACUCAAUGUAAAAGUCUAGAAAAUUUGGACAAACCUAUUGAUCAAUUGUAUCACCAGCUUCUCGUACGUUUGUUAAAAAAACUACCUCGUGAUGGAUCAAUUGAUCGUUACCAUGUGAGCACUUUGUUGAGCCAAGUGCACGAUCUUUUAGAGCACGCGUUCAAUGAGGUACACGAGGAAUCCAUUAGCUGUAAAUAUCGUCGCUUUCACUACACGUUUAUGAUUGAAUUUGAUUCUAUUAGCAAGGAUUAUCCAGAAGAACUGCUAUCUCGAGAUAUACUGAGACACGAAAUGCUGUAUGCCUCUCAAAGGCAGUGCUUUAGAUGUAUCCAAGAGUUUAUAGCGAGUAGAGGCUCGUGUAUUGGAUUGUUGAACAAAAGUGAGCCUGAAGUUUUUGACGUGCUCGUUCAAACUGUAUUUGAGGCCUGCCUAUUGAGUCUCGAGUUCCCUGAAUAUUUUCCACAAAAGACUUUGAUUUUCGUUCUUGAAUUGAUGUGCCCUAUACUGUGGUCAGUGAAGAAAAAAGACGCUACUGAAAUCUGUCGCAGUUUGAACAUACAUCAAACUAUCCUAGCAGAUGUCAUGGAAAAAAGCCCAUUGAGCGAACAUUGGAAGAAGCUUGCAAGUAGUUGGCAAUUGUUACUUGAUAGUAAAAAUGUAAAAAGUACGGAUGAUUUGAUACGAUCGCUCGAAGAAUUUAUCAACAGAGCUGAUGAUUUGUCAUUGGGGGAAUCAGAAGCCAAAUCACCACUUGCCAUACAAAUAUUUACAGCAGAUAAAAUCAUCAGUCACCUAGACUCGAUGGAUGUUGCUUUUCUGCUCAAUGAUAAUGUUGCGAAAUGUUUUAAUUUGCAGCGUAGUUAGUAGUAAAAAAAUUGCAGCUUGAAAAUGUACAUAAAUACACGUUUUUAUAUCAUUUGUAAAAUAUGCUGGUCAUACUUUAAAUUAGUUUGAUAUUAGGAUGCUAUCAAAUUGUGAAUAAA